GCUGGAAAAUAUUCAAACCAAUCUAACGGAUCAUUAUAACUCAAAUAAUCAUCAGACUCUUCGGUACAAGACAUGGCAAUAGAAUUGUUGUGCAAGAGAAGUUGACAACAGAUGUCCGGCGGCAAGCUAAAACUAAAAAAAGAAAUCUGAUUCCACGGUGGAUGUGGGUGGGUGUGGUAGUGGCUGUGGGUAUGGAUGAAGCGACUUUAUAAGCAAGCAUCCACACCCACACCCGGAUCCCACAUUUGCCACCAUAUCCACAAUCCUGCUACCGACUUCAAUAUUGAAAUGCUAUUUAGCUGCAUGAAACGCGAUAAGGGAUAAGAACAAUUGCAUUAUGAGAAAGAUUAAGCAGGUGUCGGUUGAAAAUCAACAGAAAAAGUGGAAUGAGCCAGAUUAUAAAUAAAAAGCAAUGAAAGAAAAUGCUUUUAUUAUUAUAUUUUUUCGUUGGCGUAGACAAGAUACACUUGAUGCUUGAUUGUCUUCUUCUUCCUUUAACAACGCUAGAAGCUUACUCCUUGGAUAGACGAAUUGGUCCGUGUCCCGAAAUUCCACUUGAUUCGUACGAAUGUUUCCAACUUCUCUAUGACAGAUCGUUGAAGGUCAUCAAUAUGAGUGACGUUGUAUCGAGAAAUUGGCAAAUCACUCUAAUGUAUCAAGAUCUUAGUCAUUCGUUUCAAAAGUUGUUGCGUGUUGCUCCGGACAGCACGAGCGGGUUUCCUGCCGUAGGUGUAUGGCCAUCUAUUUCUGAAUGGGCCUCUAACGUUGCGGGAUUGAAUAUUCGUCAACAAGGCUUCUCAGAAUUGUGGGCUUAUUUGAUUGAAAAACUUCCACAUUGGAUGCAAGAUAUGAUUGGGGAGUUACCUGCUGAGCUUGCUAAUAUAUUUCUUAAAGAUAUUCGUUAAAAUGCAGCUGUCGCACUUGUUCAAGGCAAUCUAAUAGUUUUUCAGCAAAUCUCUUUAGCAUAUGCUCGCUAUGGUGUAGAAUUUUGUGGCAAUACAACGAUUCCGGAUGAUGCAAAAAUGGCAAGGUUUGUGAAAGAAUAUGUGUCUGCAGAUGAUCAAUGUGAUCUUGCCAAAGGCCUCUGGUCGCUUUAUCAAGCACAUGUAGGAGCAGCUCAAUCGAUGAGUUUUAGUGAACGCGAUCAACUUCUUCUUAUUCAAGGUCUUUAUGUAGGUUUGGAGGAGCAGACUCGACUACAGUCAUUCAUUAAUGAAUCUUUGCCAGGCUAUAUGGUUCAAUGGUGUCGCUUCUGGCCGACUAGAAAUGUAACUAAAUGUCGCGAGUUCCUAAAUAAGAUAGCUACUGAACUUAUAGUACAUCUAUUUAUCGGUUCUCAUCGAUUAAAUACUGAUGAAGAUGUUCCAUCGGGCAUGCAUAAUGGAUCGAAUUUUUCACUAUUUCUCACUAAAUUAGCAAAUCCUGAAGCAUAUGCUUUGAUGGCGGCAAUGCUCAAUCAGACGACGCUGCAACUAAAAAACACCGCUGCAUCGGAUUGGAACAUUUUAGCACAACGCAUGCGAUUCAUCUCGGCUGUUUUUUGGGUCUUUCAAGAUCAUGAAGAUUUGAACUGUUAUUUAUUUUCUGCCGAACAAGAUCUUCUCAUUCGAACAGAUCAAUCGGAUAAAUUAGAUCCACAAUCCUGGUUUCAAAUAUGUGAUCGGGAUUGUUGUGCUGCAAACGGUCGAUGGGAUGGACUGAAUUGA